AAGCUUGGAUCCUUCCUUGACACACACAUAAAAUGCCAAAGGAGCUCAUUAUUAUUCAGUUUUCUGGGCCGCCAAUUAAUUAAAAAACAAUCGAGACAAUACCAAGAUGGGCGGUGACGAAGAAGCGCAGCCAGAGCCGGCGGUGAAGGAAAUGACGGAAAAGCCCCGUCGGUGGGUGAUGGAUCGCUGCGACGGGAAGAGCCAAAUACAGAAAGAAGAAUUGGGACGCCCCUUUUGCCCCUUGUGCUGGCCUCCUCCUUGCGUCAAGUUUCUGCCGGAUCUCUUUGAACAGAAUGCAUGUUGUGAAUUCUUUGGGAAAAUUGGUGUCUUUCCAGAAGAUGAUCCCCUCACUCGCAUUUGGUUAAUGCGAAAAUCCAUGGUGAUCCAUCUGGCUGGUCUGAUUAUGAGUAUUCUGGCAGCCACGGCCAUCACGUCGAAUCAAAGUCUCUUGCAAAAAUUUCCCUUUAGCGAUGGAGUCAUCACUGGGUAUGUGGCGGACAUCAACAUUCAGCAAGUCAUCAUGAAGGUUGGUCUGACUACUGUUUUCGUCCAGGACGAUUAUCUUGGAGCGCGUACCCAAGAAUUUGAUGAGCUUUGCACUGGGACCACUUUGGGAAUCCCAUUGACUUCUCAAGCAGAAUGCAAUACCUGCAAAGAAGCUAGUGCCGGAUUGGUGACUUCGAUGAUCUUGGGUGUUAUCACCUACAUCCCCACCAUUGCUUCCAAUAUCAAUCGAUCCUACUACAACUACGACGUCAACUGUCAAAAAGUAUUUGGCACUGUGAUCGCAUUCUUCAACAUGAUCAUGUCGCUCUAUGGAUGGCAAGUCUAUAAAAAUGCUUGUUUUGCUACAUUUUACGAAGGAGAAGUUGCCUUGCCCGUCCUUGUCCCAGUUGGAUUCAACGCCACGACCGUAUUCGACCCGCAACCCUUCAUUGCAGCCUUUCAAAGUCUCAAUGCCACCUGGAUGGAGGCAACCGUUGGGGUCGAUCCCGAACUUUGGGAUGUCGGCAAGAUCAAGGACGCCCUCGUCGCGGCUAAUAAUGGAACCUUCUUUGACAGUGACGUGGAGACGGAAGUUCGUGUCGCCCGUGUUCUGUUUGAUUGGAAGCCGGGUGUUGGAUUGAUUCUGUGCGUCGUGGCUACCUUUCUCAAAAUGAUUGAUAUCCUCAAUCACUCUGUCAUUCGAACACCCAGUAUUACACGGGAUUUGCAAGAACAACUGGAAUACGAAAAACUAUAUGGUGGCGAUGAGGCGGAAGCGAAUGCUGAUGAUGAGGACGAGGAAGCCAAUGACAAGAGCAAGAUUGAUGCAUAAGAAAUGACAACAAUUGAUACAUCGUUUGACACGACAACCACGAAUUGGUAGGAAUUGGUUCAUGUUUGUGUUGGAUCCCACCUGUACAAGAUACGAAAUUUCCACUCUCUUUUAUUCAAUCCGCCCAAGAGGGCUAUUGUGUGCGUAGGCAACUAACUAUAUUCAUGGAAAACAGUAACAUUCGUAAUGAGAUUUCAUGACACUUACGGGAAGCAUCAUCUGUUCUAUCUAGGAUUUCCAAAAUUAGUUUUCUAUUGCUUCAUGGCCC